GUGAAGGGUAUGUCUUGGCCCGGCUGCCUCCUUGCCCGCCUGUGUUCGGGAGGAGAAACCCGCCCACCUUAAUAAAGACUCCCAAUCCAGACAAAAGAGAACGACAGAUCCGCGGCGGCGCGCACUGAGCCUGAGCAUCCGAGCACUUUGGAGCAGCGCAAGAACGCACCGGCACGCUGACAAACACGCCCUCCAGAUCCACCUGAAAACCUCGAGGCCGGCUAAUUGUCCUUUCUGAAGGGCGAGAAAAGGGAGACUGAGCCCCGGUUUUAUUCACAGGCAGCACACGGCGUUCCCAUGAUGUCAUACUUGUGGAUUCUGCUAUUAGGAAGCCUGCUGGCUUCACACGCCAAGGCACAAGAUGAGGACACACCAACAGUUAAUCCUGAGGAAGGCACGGACACAACAGCUCCUCCAGCUGGUGCUGAUGAGGAUGCAGACCCAGCAGUUGGUGCUGAUGAAGAUGCAGACCCACCAGCUGAUGAUGAUGAAGAUGCAGACCCACCAGCUGAUGCUGAUGAAGAUGCAGACCCACCAGCUGAUGAUGAGGAAGAUGCAAACCCACCAGCUGAUGAUGAGGAAGGCACGGACACAACAGCUCCUACAGCUGGUGCUGAUGAAGAUACAGGCCCAGCAGCUGGUGCUGAUGAAGAUGCAAACCCACAAGCUGAUGAUGAGGAAGGCACAGGCCCAACAGCUCCUUCAGCUGGUGCUGAUGAAGAUACAGGCGCAGCAGCUGGUGCUGAUGAAGAUGCAGACCCACCAGCUGAUAAUGAGGAAGGCACAGGCCCAACAGCUCCUACAGCUGGUGCUGAUGAAGAUACAGGCCCAGCAGCUGGUGCUGAUGAAGAUGCAGACCCACCAGCUGAUGAUGAGGAAGGCACAGGGCCAACAGCUCCUUCAGCUGGUGCUGAUGAAGAUACAGACCCAGCAGCUGGUGCUGAUGAAGAUGCAGACCCACCAGCUGAUGAUGAGGAAGGCACAGGGCCAACAGCUCCUUCAGCUGGUGCUGAUGAAGAUGCAAACCCAGCAGCUCCUGACACAAACACUGAGAUUGAAGAAGCUACACCAACAGGUGAUGAUACAGCUGGAGAUUCUGCUCCAAAAGCGGAUGACCAGCCAGCACCAGCAGCAGAUGACAGCAGUGCAACAGAUGCUGACAAAACACCACCUCCACCUCCAGCUGUUGAAGAAACAACACAGAGGCCACUUAUCCCUAUAAUUAACGAAGAUGUCGUUGUUCCUGAAGUGAAAAAAGAUGUUCACCUAAACUUGGCAGAUGCCUUGCCGCCGCCACAGUCAGAAGAGAGCCGCAGUUUGGAAAAUGAUGAGAAACCUGAGGCUAAAGAGGGCGGCUCCGGCUCAUUAGCAGGAAUCAUAGCAACAGUUGGGGUGGCUGCUGUGGGAGCAGUCACUGGAUACUUCACCUAUCAGAAGAAGAAACUGUGCUUCAAAAAUAGACAGGAAGCGGAUCCGGAGGCUGCACACAAAGCCGACGCAGCAGAGGCUCAGCAGGAUCCCCAGGUCCUCAGCAACCUGCUGAACUCCUCCUAGACCAGCUGUGAUCACAUGACUGCCUGGACCAACUACAGUCAAGCAAAGUGGCAAUCUCACUGUUAGGCUCUAUCCUCUGUAGAGCUAAAUUACUGUGAGGCCCAGAGUAGGGCUGUGUGUUUCUGAGUGUGUGUGGGUGUGUUUGCGCGAGUGUGUGUGCGUGUUGGUAUAUAGGAGCCUGUGUGUCUGUGCGCGAGUGGAUGUAUGUAUGUUCAUUCUUGUAUGUGCAUAUAUGUGGGGGAAAAGAGUUAGAUAAAGAUCAAGUAAAUAUAUGUAAACCUUAGGGGUUUUAUGAUUGUUACAGCAUAGGAGUUUAUUCAAAUGAUCGGUCAACUUUCUACUUUAAACCAAAUCCAACCUUUUUUCAGAGUGGCCAUCAAAGAGAUUAAAUCUCAGAUCAAUUCUAACCAUAAAAUGGCUCAAUAAUAGAGCUACUUUUUUAUUUUUAUGGCUACUAUUCUGUUCUAGUAAUUCAGUGUGAAUAUGAACCAGUAAUAGGUAUUGAUGUUGUAGGUGUUUUACUUGUAGUGAAUUAUUACAAGUGGAUUUCUUUUUUAAUUCUGCCAUUGUUUGGACCACCCUUAUAUUUUUAAAAUUCAUUGGGAACCAUAGACAUUUGCAUAAAACUUAUUUUCCAUUUUCAGUACAAUUUUUCUGCAGCACAAAUGCAGGAUAAAUAGACAAAAGGGAGACUUUUAAAACUGCACUGUAUUUCGUGAUUUCUGACUUGGAACAGUAGUGUAGGACUUUAAUCCUAGUAUUCUGGGGGUGCUGUUGUAUGGUCCAGUCUGUGUUUAGAGGGCCAACGAUGUCACUGUGUGUGCGUGUUUGUUUUUUUGAUCGGUGAAGGGGCUUAGUUUGAAAUCCUGUUAAGUGACUAGCACUUCUCCUCAUUCAGUUGAAUAAAUUAAAUGUUGAUAAAACUUUUUAUUGACCUCUUAAAAUGAAAAGUACAAAUCAAAUCCACCCUAUCAGUUUAACACAGGCUGGUUCAAGACAUAUCAGUUUAACUAAAAUGAUGUUUUCUAAAUUUACUGAGCUGAGUCGAAGUAAUUUCUAAUUAAUCCUGAUUCUGUACAUGGAUGAAUGGUCACCUGACAUGGACAAAUUUUUGUUAAAAAAAAAAAAGAGGUCAUGUAGUAAUGUGUUAGACAUUGUUCUGAUGUAGUUUGUGUCAGUCUAGUUGUGAUGCAGUAAUUUCUUCUCUAUAGUGCCUUUCACUGACACAGCCUGGCUUGACCAAUCUACAGACACACAGGGAAGAUGGCAGAAAAUUAAGAAUGUAUGUUCUUUAUGAAUUCAUAAAUUAUCAUUAUGGUGGUUGGAAAUCUUUACGUUGAAUUGCUGGUGCAUGUGAAAUAAGUACAUUGUACAUGAUUGUAACAGCUGCUGUACGUGUGUUCGCAGGAGGUCACAGUUCUAGUACUUUUUUUAACCAAACUUACAUUCCAAACUCUUUAAACAGCCGCUGUUCAUUUCAGAUGUGAAAUUCUUCGCAUUGUGUGUCUCUUUAUUUGAGCAAGCCAGUUGCUGUCACAGUGUUUUUGUAUCAUUUGUAUCUCAACAAACACCAAUCAUCCAUGAUUUUUAUAUGAAUUCUUUACAUUUAGCAGCGGUGCCUCAGAGCCGACAGAGGUAGUCUUUAGUCAACUCGUUUGCUGUGGUAUUUUGUGAUUAUUGUUAUUGUGAAAUGCCUCAGAAGCAGCGCUACUGCUUUUUUUUUGCCACUGUAGCACACAAAAAAGAAAAAACAUACUAACUUCUGAAUGUCUUUUUGUUGCCUUGAAGUUUUGUACUUGCCCUGCUCCCUUUAAACUUUUGAAUAUGAUUCUAGAGGUUGCAUCGCGCUGCGGUUCAUGUAAAGUGUGUUACUUGUAAAGCACCAUAUAGCUGCAAUACAGGACAGAGACUGUUGCUAACAGCCUAGCCUCAAGCUGAGAAAUAUUAAUAGUCUGUGAUGUCACAUAUCGAUUAAUUCUACUCUACAAACUGUGGGCUGGACACAGGGUCAAAGCUCUGCCUGCUUAUCCUGUAAUCUGUGAUAGACAAUAGAUGAGUUUCUCUUGAGACACUGAAACGAAUGGAAAGCUUGUCUGGCAUGGAGUGAUAAUGCACAAAAUACCCACUAAAUAAUACUACAAGCUUUUAGAAAGCGCCACUGAUGCCUUCAAAGUAGAAAAUGAAUGCAGUACUCGCUCCCUUUGUGCACUCCAGUAAGUGCAAUAGGGAUCAACAAAAGCACUCUGAUAUCCUGCAGUGUGCAUUUAGAAAAACCUAUUGGGACUGAUUGGAUAAGAAAAAAAAAAAAGUAAAAGAGCCUCCAGCAAUACUAAAAUCCUGAAAAAUGGAGCAUUGAUUGCUUGUGUUAGGAGCAUUAUGGGCCACAGUUGUUAGUCCCAAGAACUCACAUUCCUUAUAAAUACCAAGUACUGGAGCAUAGCGUCCGAACCAGAAUGUAAACCUUAAGACUUAUUGGGUCCUGAAGUGCACUUCCCAGAUAAUUCUAGGGCAUCAAUCAUGGCGCUGACCAGUCCUGCCUUAUACCUUACAUCCUCUUGAAUAUUCCCGAGAGGACAACAAAGAAAAAUGUCAUCAUCAGAAAGACACAGUGAAACAAGCAGAGAUGUUUUGUAAUAACAAUCUGUAAGGGAGAAGCACUUUCCUAUCCUGUAUACAUCUUGAUUUAUUAAACACAUUUAGAAAACUCAUUUUUUGAUUUAGACAAGUGUAAGACUCUUUCUUUUUAUUUAAAAAUUCCGUGUGUUUUUUUUUUUGUUUUGUUUUGUUUUUUGCUUGUUUGUAGGAACUGGCAUCUUCAUUUUUUGUCAUAUGGCACUCGUAUUCUUCUGGAAUUGUGUAAAUAAUGUUUGAGGAGUCAAUUAAAUAGUUUUCGUGGGAA